GAGAAAAUUAAUAUACCGUAAGUGUACAUACAAGGGUGUGUAUCUAUAGGUUGUGGGAGAGAACAAGCAGAGAUUUGUGUUGGGUUUGCUUUUUCAUACAAUAUAUACAUAUAUAGGCGUAUAAGGGAUCAUUCACGAGUCUUCUCUCAACUAGUUUUGUUUUAUUUUAUAUUUUUUUUAUGCACCUUUUUCUGUUCAAUUUCUCUUUUUCUUCCGAGGUUUCUGUUUGUUUCUGUGAGAAUUUAUUACGGCGGUUACAGCUGCAGAGGGACGGUGGGUGGGCAUUGUGUGUAUAUAUACAGCGUCCUCCUUGACCCAACUCUCAUUCAAAUAUAUUUCAAUAAUCAGAGAGUUUUUGAGAGUGAAAAGAAUGGAGGGUGCGAAAAAAUCACAAUCAGGUUCUUCAUUUACUUCUGAUCUUUUUGGCUCAAAGGAUUCUACUUCUGGUUCAGUUUUCGGGUCACUCUUAGCGCCUCCUGAUAAGCUUUUCGGACGGGAGUCCCUGCAUUCAUAUGAAUCUAGGAAGAAAGAUGACGCUGCAACUCAGGGUCGGAGUGGCAAGACUGGAGUUCCAAAAGAUAAUGCUCCGAGCAAUGAAGAAAAAAGCCAGAGCAGUCAAAGCAAGGACAUCAAUUCUUAUUUUCAGGAGGUGAAAUCGAUCCCUUGUAAUUAUAGUUCAUCGAUAUACUAUGGUGGUCAAGACCUCUAUACUUUACCAGAGAGUACCCAGGGCUCUUUCUUUACAACUUUCACAGAUGAGGCAGGAGAUGACUCGGGCAUGGCUUCGAGAGGCAACUGGUGGCUAGGAUCUCUUUAUUACUAGCUGAUCAUCACCAUGGCCUGUGAAUUUACUACAUAGUUACCUAGGGAGACAUAGAUAGAUGUUGGGCAGCAGCAGUUUUUUCAUACUUCCUGCAAUAAUGGAAAAAUAGAUAGAAAAUAGCAGUUAGCCUUGCAUUUGUUAUGUCUAACUAUAGCAAUUAUUACUAGUAGCUGUAGUUGGUAAUGUUUCCCUUUUUACUCUCUAUACUACCAGAUGUAAAGGUAUUAAACUUGGUGAUUUUAGCCUUUACGGCUGUAGAAUGCAUAUAUAUUAUGCUCAUCUAUCUUACUAUCAACAUUUCUUCGGAAGAAUAUAUGUUAUCCCCGCUCGUUUGGCUGUAGUA